AUGGAGACGAGAUCUCUAGAUAUAACGGUGACAUCAGCAAAGGGGCUCAAGAACGUCUCGAAGAUGGGUGUUUUCGUGGCCGUCAAGUUAUCCGGCGACCCCAAAUGUUCCGAUCAACGUGAGCAGCGGACACAAGUGGCAAGAGACAGUGGAACAAGCCCCACGUGGGUCAAUGACGUCAUGAAAUUCACCAUCGACCAAGCCUUAGCUCAGGCGAACCGUCUUGUGAUCACUUUCAAGAUCAAAUGCGAGCAACGUGGAGGAGGAGAUAAAGACAUCGGCGAGAUCCACGUUCCGGUGAAGGAGCUUCUGGAUCAUCUCGGAAACGAUAAAGCCGGUCAAAGAUACGUCACGUAUAAUAUCAAGAAGCCUGACGGACAACCAAGAGGCGAUAUUAGUUUCACUUAUUCGUUCGCCGCUCCGGUGGUGGCUGUGACGACGGGUGGUGUCUGCCAAAGGUACUUAGCUCAGCAGCCAGUGCGUCCUGCAGCGACGUACCAGCCUGUUUCGAACAGACCCGUGUUGAGUAUGUUGCUUCCAAGCGUCGGAUCGUUUAGUUACAACCACGUUCCUUCUCACUCUCAGCCACCGAUUUAUCCUCCACCAGCUCAGCCGGAGAUUCUGCCGCCAACUUGCUUCUCCGGGUUGUAUCCGCCUCAUGGCUAUCCGAUGAGUUACAUGCCGGAAAGUCAACCUACAAUGUAUCCACCAAUGUUUCCUGGCUUAUCAUGUCCGCCUGAAGGCUAUCCUUCGGUGACUCCGCCGCAGACACAACCGGUACUAUAUCCACCGAUGAGUCCUUACAGAUUUUAA